UAGAUGUAAGCAGUUAUAUUCUUCACAGAAAAAAUACAAACAACUUUAGUUAAAUAAGAAUGAAGCUGUUUAUUUUGUUGGUGUUUGUUAUGGCGGCUGAUGCUCUUGAUUCUUGUUACACAUAUCAAGAACGUAAAAACAUUGAACAACUUCAAUAUCAUAUCCUGGCUUUCACUAAAUCUGUCGACACUUUGAAAACUGGCCUUAAAGCGAAAUAUACUGUUUUGAAUGGUGGAUGCCAUAAAGAUUGGAAGCCUUUCCGGGACCAUUGUUAUUAUUUAGUUAAAGACAAGAAAACGUGGUUUGAAGGAGAGAGAUUUUGCAAGAAAGAAGACUCGUCUUUGGUUAACGUAAAAGAUAUAGACGAAAAUAACUGGUUACUGUCACAGUUCAAAGACGUGAAAAGGUUUUGGCUUGGUAUUACGGAUGGAGACUUGAAACAUUGGAUUAAUGUAGUUGAUUAUGCUCCUACUACGUAUUUCAAUUGGUCUUCUGACCAACCUGGAAAUGCAGCGGAAAAUUGUGGCAUGUUUUAUACAGACAGUGGUAAAUGGCACGACUUUCCAUGCACUACAUAUUUACAUCCGUUUGUGUGCAAGAAAGAUGUUAGAUAAAAGAUGUAUUACAAAAAGAAAUAGUAAAGCAGUCGAUGAAUAACAUGAAUAAAGUAUAUAUUGACGAAACAAUAGAGUUAUUUAUAGAAUUGAUUUUGAAAAUUUCCCGAAGACUCUUUAGCUCUUAAGAAAUACGAAUAAAGAUAUAUGAAUAAAG